AUUCUUGUUUGUUUAACACAAUUACUUAAAUCUGAAAUUAUUACCACCAUUUCAUCCUUUCUUAUUAGAAAGAAGUUUUGUAAACAAUCAUCACACGUUGGAACGGCACGACAAAAAGAAAUAUUUGCAUAUGUAAUUAUAUUACUUGCUUAACGUACCAGCGACACAGUUAAUUUAAUGAAAUAUUUCGGUGAACUUUUAACGCCGCGAACGAAUACCUUUCGUUGACAUAAUUUUUUAGCCGCGACAGGAUAUCGGCGAAGCGCCGUCUACCUGUUGCAUUCACGACUACAAGUGUGCUAUCUAAAUUCCAGUUUCAUCUGAUAUAUCCUUCGGGACUGGGAGAAAGAGGAAAAGAAGGACUAAUUGGGUUUCUGACUCGAGAUUUUUACCGUUACGUCCUCGGCGUAUUCAGUUUCGUGGAUAGUGAAAAUACCGAGGUACGGCUUGUCGAGUUCGAAGGAUAUCUCAAAUGCUCGAACGCUUGUUACACAUUUUUACUGGGAAUGCUUAAUAUGCUUACCCCUGUCUGUUAUGUCUUGCCUCGGUAAUGUUCUGCUACUCGACGAUAUUUGUUCUGGAAAUGUGAUUUUGAGCAAACUUUAAAACGAAACAGGAUGGCUUUUCUGUGUCCGGUUCGCAUACGUCGUGGAAAGAAAAAGAAACCUGGGGUGCAUAAUUUUAAUUUGGAGAAGGAUUGUGCUGGAACAGGAGGUGCAGGGCUUGGUCUAGGCACGAAAGUGCCAUUGCCUCCUGGUCGUAUAACAGGAAGCGCUAGCAUUGAAACAUUAGUCAGAGUUGGUAUAGAAAAAGAGAAUGGACUUUCGCCAGACAGCAAAAUGGUGAUUGUUCAUGACUUUACACCCUGUGUCGAUGACGAGCUUCAAGUGAAACGUGGCCAGGUUGUAAAUGUUUUAUAUAGAGAGAAUGAUUGGGUGUAUGUAAUAGCAGCUGAUACACGUAUGGAAGGCUUUGUACCACAUUCAUAUUGUGCACCUUACACGUCUCAGCUUGCUGAAUUAACUCUUGCUAGUCUUAUGAACAAUGUGAAAAAAAAAUUGCCCAGAUCUAACGAGACUGAUUGCGAUUUUGCUGGUACAGGUCGUUCUCAAACAGUAGACGCACAGCAAACCGACACUGGCUCGGCGUCCGACUGUGAAAGUUAUGCUCGUAACGUCACUACUGCCGAUGUAAACGUUAAUAGAUCUAAUAUCACACAGUCUCAAAAUUCUAUACAAACUAUAUCCUCUCAGCCAGAUGUGCACCCUUUCUUUAAGGAUCCAUCAGCUGGGAGGUACAUUGUACUUUAUACUUUUGUGGCUAGAGAUGAGAACGACGUUAGCGUUGAAAGAGGCGAAUUUGUAACCGUAUUAAAUCGAGACGAUCCUGACUGGUUUUGGGUACUUAGACAUUGCGAUGGUAACGAGGGAUUCGUGCCAUCUGGCUUUGUUUACCCGGGGCAUGUCCUUCAUUCAUAUGCAACAACGAAUACUACGACCACCACCACCACUACCGCGGCUACGACGUCCACGGAAACGCAUAGCUUAGGAAAAGGAAGUAGCAAUGUGCCAGGGAACGAGUCACUGCAGCAGAAAGGUUUACGAGAUUUUCGGGAUGAGACGAACGGCACGGAAUUAGUUGUACUUUAUGACUAUAAGGCGCAGGCGCCGGAUGAUUUAUCUGUAAAGAGAGCGGACUGGAUAUACGCGGAUUUAGGAAAUCAGACCGUAGACGGCUGGCUAUGGGCGUACGCGCCUAAGACUCGAAAAUAUGGAUUCAUUCCAAAAGCAUACGCUCGGCCUCCAGCUAUGACGAGCUUAUAACGACAUAAUUUUCUACUUCACCUCAUACGUUAUGCAUAUAUUCAAACAAUAGCACGCUAUUACGUAGAUUAAGGUGCUCGUCCACUUGUGUCGUGCUCUCACAUCGUAUCACUGUUGCGUAUCAUUAGGAACGGGUAAGCGUUACAUCAUAAUGUUAUUUCUGAGAUUCCGUGAAAUAACAAUUACUCCAAAUUAAUAAUCAUCAGGAACUAUUUCAGUUGGAAUAUUGUAAUAGUUAUGUAACAAAUCGUACAGUAAAUCAUGACUAAUUCUAAUAAAAUGCUUCAAGUAAAUGAGUUCCAUAUAAUAAUUUUAAUGAAAAAUAAGUACUCUUUAAAGUUGCCAAUUUUUUAUCAUCUGAAAAAUAUGAAAAAAAAUUUUUGUACGCAAUGAGCUUCUGCAUAAGUUUUCAAUUGCCUAAACAAAAAUUUCAUCUGUGGAGUGCAUAUAAAACUAUAAAGUAUUAGAAUUUUCUCACAGACAUAUGAGAAUAAGCCAAGCACCCAAACGUACUAAUAAGACUUCACAUAUGUAUAUAAGAACGGGGUGCAAUGAUGAUAUGAUAGGAGAAUUUGAUCCAAGUGAAUCCGCACCUUCGCGCGAAAGGUAUUCGAGAAAGAUGUUGCCAAUUGUAUACGUGCAUAGAAAAAAUAUAAUUUUCUUCGUGUAGGUAUUAUUAUUAACGCCGUUAAUGGGAAUGUUGGAAUCUAAUUUUAUACAUAUAU